AUCCUCUUAUUUUUUUGAAAAACUACGAUUAUAUUUUUAUUUUUCAAUUUUAUAAAACUAUGAAUGGCACUUGAUUACAAACCAGGAACUCUUGUAUUUGCUAAGGUUAAAGGAUAUCCUCCAUGGCCUGCAAGGAUUGAUAAUGAACAACUGAAUCGAAAAAUUCCGAAGGGAAAAUAUCCUAUAUUUUUUUAUGGCACUCAUGAAACUUAUAAUUUAGGGAAAAAAGAUUUAUUUUUAUACGAAGAUUAUAAAACAAAGCUUGGCUGCCCAAAUAAACAUAAAGGAUUUAAUGAAGGACUGUUAGAAAUCAAAAACAACCCUUUAGUUGAAUUUCAAAAUACUAUCCAUACCACAGCACCUGUUAAUGAAAAUAUUAUUAAAAAGAUAAAAUUUCCAAAGAAUGAAUAUAUUCCUAAAUAUUUUAUAGCAUCAGAAUAUAAUGUUGGAAAAAAUAUGGAUAAUGAAUUACCAGAAUAUACACGUAUAUCUACAUUUGGUAGGAAGAUUAAAAAUCCAAAAUGGUUUAUUGAUCAAGUUAGUGAAUAUUUUCCAAAUUACAAUGAGUCAUUAAAACCCACAUGCCCAAAUACUUAUAAUAUUAACACCAAAAUUGCAGAUACAUAUAAUAUGAAUUCUGAAUAUCCUUCAGAUUUUCAACUUAAAAAGAGAACAAUCAAUCGUAUUAAGAGGAAAUAUGAAAAUCUACAGCCAAAAUUACAAAAAUUUAAAAGGGCACCAUUGACUUUAGAUAUGUUAUCAAGUGGUGAGAAUUCUAAAUUCAAAUCAUUUGACAAUAGAAUAAAAAUUGAUUAUGAAAAACCCAUUAAUAAAUCAAAUCUUAAUAUAAUGAUAAAUGAUUAUCCAGCCAUUAAAAAAUAUAAAAAACUUUAUUUGAAUUAUGGAUUCAUCCACCCUGUUAAAAACCUACAACACUUAUAUAACCAUCAAAAAUUAUUAAAUACACAACUUAAUCCAAAUGUCAAUAAUUCUCAAUCACAUGUUAAAACGUUUAUUAGCAUAAAAGGGAGUAUUGAUACACUUUCAACAUCAAUUAAAACAAGUGCCAAAUGGAAUAAAAAAUCGCAUGUUUAUCAUGAUUCAAUAAAAAUGGACCUAUCUACUUCAUCUUAUGUAAAGGAUAAAAUGGAACUAAACAAAAAAAGAUUUUUAAUUGAAAAGUUAAAAAGAAAAAAAAGAUUGGAAAAGUUAGAACAGAAGAAGAAAGAAAUCAAUCAUUUUCCUGAAGAGAAAAAAUUAAGAAUUAUUGAUUUAGAACUCAAAAAGUCCCUAAGAGCAAAAUCACUAGAUUUAAAUAAGGCCUAUCACCUUCUCGAAAAGAUUGAAACUUACAAUUUAGAAAAAUUUAUCAAUUUAAUUCCUGAAAUGAUUAAUACAUUCAAAAAGAUUCGAUUUUUUAAAAAUGACAUAAGAAUACGAACUAAAGCAGAGAUAUUAUAUCAGAAAUGUAAAAUGGCAUAUAAAAAUUCAAAUAUCACAGUGUUACCUAAUUUUAAUCAACUUGAAGCACAACAAAUUCAAUUGAAUACUUUGUCUCCGAUUGAUAGUUCAACGUCAAUAUAUGGAGAAAGUGAUCUUAUAUCAUCUCCAAACCUUAAUAGCUCAACCACAUAUACGGAUAAAGAUACACAACCAAAUAAAUUUUUACAUAUUUAUGCAUCAAACGACAAUGUUAUACUCCAUGAUAAUUUAUCAGAAAUUAAUGUAGAUGAUAAAAAGACUUGUGAUUUAUUAGAUGACAAUUCUAAUUUAACGACAAUUUGUUCUCAGCCAAAUGAAUCUUUAGAUAUUUACGCAUCAAAUGACAAUGUUAUAUUGCAUCAUAAUUUAUCAGGGACAGAUCCCGGAAAUGAGCAUAAAAUGAAAUCGAUACUUUCUUCCAGACGGUUCUGGUUCGAUUUAAGGUAAAGCAAUAUAGUCAAACCGAAAAAGACUCAACUCAAAUUGACGCCAACUUUUCCUUAUGAUAAACAUCUAGAGAUUAUUUAACCAACACAUUGUUAUAUUAUAUUUAUUUUUAUUAUAGUUUUUAAGAAAUAAGCAUUUUAAAAUUUGAAAGUCACUAUUUUUCAUACCUUUAAACCCUAUAUCUCGGAAAUCAGGUGAGCUAGCGAGCUAAAAUAAAUGGCUUUCUCAUUUUUUUUACUAUCUAAACAAUUCUAUAAAUUUUUAACAAUUUUAUAAGGGGUCGACUGAUUAAAAUUAGGUAUGUGAUCUAAUA